AUGGUGAAGGGGCGUCUUGUUUCCCAGCAUGGAUCCAGCAGCUGGGAGGCAGCUGACCUGGGCAACGAGGAGCGGAAGCAGAAGUUCCUGCGGCUGAUGGGCGCGGGGAAGAGAGAACGCACUGGCCGCCUCGUUAUUGGAGACCACAGAUCAACUUCUCACUUCAGGACAGGGGAAGAAGACAAGAAAAUGAAUGAAGAGUUAGAGUCUCAGUUCCAGCAGAGCAUGGACAGCACAAUGUCAGGAAGAAAUCGGCGACAUUGUGGACUUGGUUUCAGCGAGUUGCAGGAAGGUGAAGAGGAGCAGGGUGAGUGUUCUGGAGAGUCCCCAGAACAGGAAAGUCCAGAGGACACUGAAAGUAGCUCCGAGUCAGAGCAAGAGGGAUCUACAGAAGAACUGCAAGCACCUGAAGAGCAUGAUGAAGAUGAUGCCCCUGAAAGCAAGAAAGAUGUGAAAAGCAGUUAUAAAAUGAUGUUUGUUAAAGCCAGUGGUUCAUAACUGCAGGUCUAAGAUCUCUCAUCUUUAAAGUACAAUACAGUAAGCCUUAUUGUUACAGUGCAAAGUGAAGGACUGCUUACAGCACAGACCUUUGUAUUAUGAUUUUAAAAAAUGCCCUUUUAGAUGACAAAAAUAAUAGUGUUUGCUUUCAGCUGCCAUGGAUGAUAUUUUCAUGGGUAUAAGGGUAUCCAUUUUUUUGUAAAGUGUUUAAAAAGAAAAAAAAAGUAUUGGAGGAAGAAAUAAACUUAGUUCCCAACUUACUUAUUCUCUAAACCCACCCUCUCAUUCCACUAUACUUGUUGAAUUUUUUUAAGAUCCUUAUUAAGGUGAUUUCUUUGAUUAGCAUUUUGGUUUGGAUUAUUAAAUAUUUUGUGAGAGUUGCUGGAUGCUGCAUUAAUGAUGAAAUACCAAUGGCAACAAUAUAUUUAAUGGUGUAUUAGAGCUUUAAACCUACAGCUACUAGCACUGCAAUGUGGCAGGGUAGUCCAGAAUCAAUUAUUCAUUUAGAUUCUGCUACUGUGGAUGCCUGUAACCAUGCAGAGUCCCAUAGGCUGUGUCUGUGUUGGGCAGGGUGAGACUUCAGAAUUGCAUCUAGAUGCAGGUGGCCCCUUUGUCACCUCUCCAGGCCUGUUUAUAAUAACAAAAAUAUAUGGGGGUAUAUAUUGAGACUAGCUUGAAAGAGAAGACUUUUAUUCAUGUUAGUUAAAAAUUGAUUCUUGAAGUGCAUGGUGCAGGGCUUUGGACACCUGUUUCUAGUAUUAAUAUACAAUUUUCAGUCCAUCCCUAAUGUAGUAGGGAUAUUUAGGGGAUAACAGUACACAUUGAGUUUAUGGCAAAGGAAAAAAUGCUUUGUUAAUGAGGAGCGAGACCUCGGCUCCAUUCCCUUUUUAAAGGAAGCGCUGCAGCAUGGGUAGAGUUACAGUGUGUGUGCCCCUUGCUUGAGUCACUUAUGUGGAGGUACUUAUAAUUAACAAGGAAAGACCAAGCAAUUUUCCCCUCUAACUUUCACUUUCCUUGUACAAAGUCCUAAGACUGUUAGCGGUUCCUUCCACAAAGGAUUAAAUAUUUCCAUGUCUUCUGCAAAUAUAUUUUUGGUGUAUUAAGGUAACUGUAAUAAAAUAUCAAACUGCUAUAGCAUA